AAGAAGAAGAAAAAAAGAGGGGGAAAGAAAGGAAGAAGAAAAUAGUAGCACACAGUGAAUGAUUCUUUGUGUAAGUGUGUUCAGAACACAACUCGAACACGAAUAAGAAUAAGAAGAAAGAAGAGAGAAGAAAGAAUUGAAGAGUGUGAAAAACAAUUCUAAUUGUAAUGGCGGAGAGUGGGGGUCGUAGUGUUAGUGCCAGUGUGUGGGAGGGUGUAUUGGAGCUUACCAAGUGGGCGCAGCAUCACAACACGGACCCACUAUUAUGGUCCAUCCAGCUCACCUCCGCCCUCAACGCCGCCUCCGUCCGCCUCCCCUCGCCGGAGCUAGCCUACCGUCUCGUCUCCCACAUCUGCUGGGAAAAUCACGUGCCUAUCACGUGGAAGCUUCUAGAAAAAUCUAUUUCCGUUAACAUCGCUCCUCCGCUACUCGUCCUCUCUCUCCUCUCCUCCGCCGUCAUCCCCUGUCGCCGCCUCCACCCCUCCGCCUUCCGCCUCUACCUCGACCUCCUCAACCGCCACGCCUUCUCUUCUCUCUCCUCCACAAUAACUUCCCCUAACUACCGUACCGUUAUGGAUUCCGUUGACGCUGCACUUCAGUUGUCGAAGGUGUACGGUACUUGCAGCGAAUCUGAGGAUGGCGGCGCUGGCGGUGUUGUUAUUGUUAGGUUCGUUUUUACGGUUGUGUGGCAGUUGGUGGAGGCGUCGUUGGAAGAUGAAGGGUUGCUUGAGCACAAGCCUAGGUGGUGGAUGAAUAAUAAUGGAGGUUUGGGUGGUGACGGUGGUGGUGAUGGCGGGAGCUACUUUUCUGAGCAGAAAGAGGGUUUGCAGCGGGCGAAUACGGCAAUGGCUAUUGAGACAAUUGCGAGGUUCAUGAGUGACAAAGUAACUUCGAGAAUACUUUCGCUGGUUCAUCGAAACAUGCCAAAUCAUUGGGUGGCUUUUGUUCAACAACUACAGAGGCUUGCGGCAAAUUCAUUAGUUUUGAGGAACAUGAAGCAUGUUACUCCUGACUCCCUUUUACCUUUUGAUUUGAAAUCUAAUAAAGGGUUUAAACUAUUGUCUCCUGAAUGCAAAACAACACGUAAAUUGGAACUUAAUGCAGUCAUGGCAGCUGCUGCUGGAUCUGUUCAAUCCUGUAAUGACACUUGGUCUUUGCUUUGGCUUCCUAUUGAUCUUGUUCUUGAAGAUGCAAUGGAUGGAGAUAAUGUGGCAGAGACUAGUGUUGUUCAAGUUCUUUCUGGUCUGGUGAAGGCUUUAAAAGCAGUUAAUGGCUCUUCAUGGCACAAGGCUUUUUUAGGAUUAUGGAUUGCAGCACUACGACUUGUUCAAAGAGAGCGGGAUCCAAGUGAGGGUCCAGUACCCCGCCUUGAUACUUGCUUGUGUAUGCUAUUAUGCAUUACAACCCUUGUGGUUGCUAAUAUCAUCGAAGAAGAGGAAGGUGAACUGAUGGAAGAAGCUGUACGUAGCCCUACUAAUCAAAGUAAGGACAACCAGGCUUUGGGAGAGCGUCGUGAGGAACUGGUAACCUGUUUACAGCUAUUGGGUAAUUAUGAGGGUUUACUGAAUCCUCCUCAAUCUGUUACCUCGGUAGCCAAUCAGGCUGCUGCCAAAGCUGCUAUGUUUGUAUCAGGGCAUGCUGUUGGUAAUGGAUACUUGGAAUCCAUGAACGUGAAUGAGUUGCCUACAAACUACUCUGGUAACUUGUGGCAUCUGAUUGUCGAGGCCUGUAUUGCAAGAAAACUGAUUGAUACUACAGCUUAUUUUUGGCCUGGUUAUGUGAGUGCGGCUUACAAUCAACUACCUCACAGCAUUCCUAACCAUUUACCUAGCUGGUCAUCAUUGGUGAAGGGAUCACCACUAACUCCUCAGUUGGUUAAUGUCCUAGUGGCAACUCCUGCUUCCAGCUUAGCGGAGAUUGAGAAAAUAUUUGAGCUUGCAAGAAAUGGCUCGGAUGAAGAGAAGUUAUCUGCUGUUACUGUUCUUUGUGGGGCAUCGCUAGUACGUGGUUGGAAUGUGCAGGAGCACAUCAUAUUUUUCAUCAUAAACUUGCUGUCACUUGCAGUUCCUCCCAACUACUCUGGAAGUGAAAGCCAUUUGAUCAGCCAUGCACCAUUUUUGAAUGUCCUCCUGGUAGGAACUUCAUCCGUAGACAGUGUUCAGAUGUUCUCCCUCCAUGGUGCGGUUCCUCUACUUGCAGCUGCACUAAUGCCAAUAUGUGAGGUUUUUGGCUCAUGUGUUCCUAAUGUGUCAUGGAGUUCUGCAAGUGGAGAAAAGAACUCUUGUCAUGCAGUGUUCUCUAAUGCAUUUAUUCUACUACUAAGGUUGUGGAGGUUCAAUCAUCCACCUAUUGAACAUGUAAUGGCGGGUGCAGCAUCUCCAGCAUUUGGAUCGAAGUUAGGUCCUGAGUACCUUCUAUUGGUUCGGAAUUGUGGCUUAGCAGAGUUUGGGAAAUCACCAAAAGAUCAGAUAAGCAGCAGGAGAUUUUCAAAAAUGAUUAGUCUUCCUCUAGAGCCCAUAGUUAUGGAUUCGUUUCCAAAAUUAAAAACUUGGUAUCGACAACAUCAAGAAUGUAUCGCAUCAACCCGAUCUGCUCUUGCUCCUGGAGGGCCUGUUUAUCAGAUUGCUGAUUCACUACUAAGCAUAAUGUUCAGGAAAAUAAAUAGAAGUGGUCAGUCGUUGACUCCUUCAACUUCAGGAAGCAGUAAUUCAUCUAGUUCUUCACUGGAUGAUGCUUUGAUGAAACUCAAGGUGCCGGCAUGGGAUAUUCUUGAAGCAGUUCCGUUCGUUCUUGAUGCUGCUCUUACAGCUUGUGCUCAUGGAAGAGUUUCUCCCCGUGAAUUGGCUACAGGUCUCAAAGAUCUUGCUGAUUUUCUUCCGGCAACUUUGGCUACAACUGUAAGCUACUUAUCAGCUGAAGUUACACGUGGCCUAUGGAAGCCGGCUUUUAUGAAUGGAACUGAUUGGCCUAGCCCUGCAGCAAAUUUAUCAACCGUGGACCAACAGAUCAAGAAAAUUUUAGCGGCCACAGGUGUUGAUGUCCCAAGCCUUGCUAUAGAUGGCAGUGUUCCAGCUACACUUCCUUUGCCCUUGGCAGCUUUUCUAAGCCUUACCAUAACAUAUAAACUGGACAAAAAUACUGAGCGCAUCCUUGUGUUGAUUGGCCCGUCGUUGAUUGCCCUUUCUGCUGGUUGCCCCUGGCCAUGCAUGCCCAUUGUAGGUUCUUUGUGGGCUCAGAAGGUAAAGCGAUGGAGUGACUUUUUUGUUUUCUCUGCUUCUAGAACCGUCUUCCACCACAGUAGGGAUGCUGUAGUUCAGCUCCUAAAGAGUUGCUUUGCAUCCACCCUAGGGCUUGAUUCUGCCUGUCUUUAUAAGAAUGGUGGUGUUGGUGCCCUCCUUGGUCAUGGCUUUGGUUCUCACAUUUAUGGCGGGAUGUCCCCAGUUGCCCCUGGGAUUCUCUACUUAAGAGUUCACAGGUCUAUUAGAGACGUCAUAUUCUUGACAGAAGAGAUUUUAUCUCUUCUAAUGCUUUCGGUGAGAGAGAUAGUAACCGGCGAGUUGCUGAAGGGUAAACAGGAGAAGAUAAAGAAGACUAAGCAUGGAAUGAGAUAUGGACAUGUUUCUCUUGCUGCAUCAAUGACACGUGUCAAGCACGCCGCACUUCUGGGGGCUUCCUUUCUUUGGAUAUCUGGUGGUUCAGGUUUGGUUCAAUCUUUGUUAACCGAAACUUUCCCUUCCUGGUUUUUAUCAACUCUAGAUUUUGAGCAGGAAGUUGGAGAGUCUGGAGUAAAGGUUGCCAUGCUGAGAGGCUAUGCACUGGCAUGUUUUGCUGUGCUAAGUGGGAUGUUUGCUUGGGGUAUAGACUCUUCGUCGCCCACAUCGAGACGGCGACCAAAGAUUCUUGGGAUCCAUUUAGAUUUUCUUGCCAAUGCCAUGAACAGUAAAGUAUCACUGCGCUGUGAUUAUGCGACCUGGCGUGCUUAUAUGACUGGGUUCGUAAGCUUGAUUGUAAAUUGCGCGCCUCUGUGGAUCGAGGAACUUGAUGUGGGUGUGUUGAAGAGAGUGAGCAAGGGGUUAAGACAGUUCGACGAAGAAGAUUUGGCACUGCGCCUUUUAGAAAUCAAAGGCACAAGGGCCAUGGGUGAGGUGGUUGAAAUAAUAUGCCAAAGUAGGUUCUAACUGGUGCUCAGCGCUGCUGACCAAGACUUGAUUAUUUUUGCAGUUAGGUUAUGUUGAUAUAAUUCUUUCAGGAUUAUAGUAUUUGAUUUUCCACUUGCUGCUACUUUGUACAUAGCCAUGUAAAUCUCAUAUAUAGUGUCCCUUGAAUUUGUACUGUUUUGUAUUUGCAUCUCUCAAUUAAACACGAAGUCACGAAUUAUUAUUA